AUGGCAGCAAUCAGCGCUGCGGUUGUGCUUCCAGCAAGCUUGGGCGAGUCGCUUGGCGUUGCUGACUACGCUCCUGGGCUUACGUUUGGGGAGGCCUUGCAGCAUGCUGAGAACAUGAAGAUGAGCGACAACCCGCUCAUCAAGGCCGACAAUAUAGACACAGCAGGCCAGUGCAACAUCGCCGAUCUGCCAGCGGAGUUCGCGACGGAGCGUGGGAGGAUGAUCGAAUACUUCGCGGACUACGUGGGGGGCUUCGGCGGCGACAUCCCCUGGCAAACGCUUCGCGGCCUUGCGAAGACCUGCGGCUACAAGAGCAUGCCAGAACAAUUCUCUCUGAAGAGGGAGCCCGCUGGUCAGUACUCCAUGCAGCUGUUCAUCACCAAGAAGCCCGACGGCAAGCACGACAUCCUCAAGGACGUGAGCCCCUUGUCGGUGACGACUAGGGCAGAAACGUGCAUGCAGAUGUCUCGUGGCACUGACUUAAUCUGGCGUUAUGGCAACCAGUAUCGGAUUGGCCGCCUGGCUGUCCAGCACAUGCUCGAGAAGUUGGAAGGCUGCCAGCUGCGGUACCACACCGUUGUCGCGAAGCCUGGCAAGGGGCCGUCCAGGAAGACGGCCGAGCGGGAACUCAAGGCCGCAGGGUGCAGGUUCAUUCGAGAGAAGGGGCCACGGAGCAACAAUGCGAACCAAUUCAUGGAGGUCGCAGAUCGGGAGAACGCCCACCCAGACAGUUCGACCUUUGGCUGGGAGGAAAGCCGACUCGAAAGGGCUUUGGACAACUAUGCCAGGGGCAGGGCGAAUGCAGAGGGUCUCACGAUUUGGGUCUUGGCGCUCCGAGACUUCGACCCCUGGUUCCCCAACGGCGUCAUCAGGCCCAUCUUGGCGUCCACCCUCAGGAGGUUCGGCGUUGCGUGGCUAGGCAAGACGCGAGUCGGGAAGAGCGCGGGGUCGACGACUGUGUCUUUCAUGAUGAGCCGCGUGGAGAUCGAGGCGUUGGAACAGUCUGGGGAAGUCGCGAAGGGCGACCUUCUUCCGACCGCCGGGACCGCCAAACACUUCGAUUUCUUCAAAGGUGAGCCUGUGUGCAAUCAUGCUUACGACAAAGACUUCGAGGCGGAGCUCGUGUCCAAGUGGGCGGAGGGUACUCCGAAAGGCGUGAACAGUAACGACUUCAUGAGGUUGAUCAGGCCCUCGCGCCGCCAGGUAAAGGAGGACGAGGACUUGCCUGCCAUCGGUGCUCGCACUCAUUUUGUUUUGGUCGCUGACAAGCUGGUGUACUUCCGCCACGCCAGCGACGGACGGGGCCGAGUGCCGUGGUGGACCUACACCAACCCCAACAAGCCCGACCUUUUCAACCAGGGCUGCAAGGAGGCCUUCGGCGCAUACAAGCAGGACCCCACUAAGCCAGUCUACUCUGCGUACUUCGAAGACGACGUCAAGUGGUCGAUGAAGAACUUGAAGGGGCGCGCGGGCCUGCUCGACAACGUCGACAAGGACGAGCAGCAGGCGAUUUACGAGUCCAUGCAGAAGGGGUUCUGGGAGAUGAACAUGAAGGACAACGACAUGCUGAUGGACCUCAGCUCGCCUCCCCGCAAGCGCCUGGCGACGGGCCCCAAGGCUUCCACGGGGUGCGGUGGCGACCUCAGUGAGUUGGACAUCGAGGAGCAGAAGGCGAUCCACGAGGCGAUCCAGCUGGACUACUUCAACAAGAACAUGAGGGACGCUGGCGCACAGAUUGACCUCACUACUCCACCACGCCAGCGCCCUGCCACGGCGGGCUACGACGACGUGCUGGAGAACGGGCUCACGCGCUACCUCGACGAGCAGGACGCAAUCGACAACCAGCAGGCGAAGGAGGCUCGCGAGCAGGCGGCAGCGGACGCCGCGAGCCAGGGCGGCGGCAUGGCGGACUGA